GAGAUUUCAAAGAAGAAGAAAAAAAAGCUACCAACUCACCAGGCUAAAUUAGCAGACAGCUAUAUAGUUUAUCACUGUCUUUUUCACUUAUCUUUAGCCAACGUUGUCACGUUUUCAUCAUGGAAGUUUUACGCCCGUCUCUCAUCAAUAUAAAUGGAAGAAUAUAUCGCAAAAAUACCAUAAAGGAGGAACAAUAUGAGGAAGAAGAGGAGUUCUCCUAUAUGGGACCACCAGAGAGUGAAGAGCUUGUGGAAGACGAAACCUGUGACAGCUACAUCAUCCAAGAGACUGAUAAAGGAUAUCGUUGUGCCAUUGAUGUUCCAAGUGUUCUUUACAAAUAUAUCAUUGGGAAAAAGGGAGAGACACGUAGACGCUUAGAGAUGGACACAAAGACAUCAAUAAACAUCCCCAAACAGGGAGUGGAAGGACAGAUUGUUAUCACAGGCUCCCACAAAGCUGCAGUGUCAUCUGCACUCACACGAGUUGAGGUCCUUGUUGACAGUUUCCGGAGAAAGCAGCCUUUCACACACUUCCUGUCAUUUCCUCUGAAUGAUCCCAAAAUCCAAGAAGGAUUCCUGAAAUUUAAAGAUCAGGUGCUACAGCAGUGUUCACAGGAUCAUGGAGUAGAGGGGAGCAUCUUUCAGAACCCUGCAAAGCUUCACCUGACAAUUGGCACCUUGUCUUUGUUAAAUGAGAUGGAAGUGAGAAAAGCAUGUGAGCAACUCCAAGAAUGUCAGACCUUCAUCAGGGACAUCGCGGGUGGAAAACCUCUGCCGUUAGAGGUGAUGGGUAUAGAGUACAUGAAUGACGACCCAGCCAUGGUGGAUGUCUUGUACGCUAAAGUCAACGUGAAAGACAGAUCUGACAAGUUGCAGGUUAUUGCAGACCAGCUGGUGGAGCACUUUGUGUCAGUGGGGCUGAUGGUCAGAGAGUGGGACAGAGUGAAGCUGCAUGGCACUGUGAUGAACACUCUGUUCAGAAAGGACUCCACAGUUGAAGACACGGGCGGUGCAGGAAGACACACUGUGAGCGACAGAGAGGCUUUUGAUGCCAGGAACAUAUUGAAGAAAUUUGGUGCUUACGGUUUUGGAGAGUUUGAGCUGAAAAAUGUGCUGCUGUCCCAGAGAUACUCGACAGACUGUACAGGCUACUACUCCUCUGCAGGGAGCGUCAGCUUCUCAUAAGCUGCUGCAGUGUUCAGGUCAUCCCAUGAAGACGAUAGUGGAGCAGAACGUGUUGGCUGAUGAAGAGGCUUGCAGCUGACGGUGAAGCUCUGCGGGGAAACAUGAGGAAGUGCCUUUGUGUUGUGUUCUUGUGGGUGACAGCUGGUGGUACACGUGUACAUUCUGUGUAAAUAUGACAGGAAUAAAUAUAUUUGG